AUGGCGCAACGACCAGCAGUAGAGCGGACGCAGACAAAUACAGGCAACCCUCUUACCUCGCCGAUGCCACAUAACUCAAACCCAAUGGAGAAACAAUUUGCGCCCAAAGUGCCUGUUGAGUUGAACGAGCCUAAGCAGGACCUGAUCAGCAAAGAGGAGCUGGCCAAAGCAAAUGGUACCGACCAUCCAGAAGGCAAGAUCUAUGUCGCGAUCAAGGGCGUGGUAUUUGAUGUGACCAGGAACAAGGCUUAUCAACCAGGAGGUUCCUACCAUGUGUUCGCCGGCAAAGAUCCUUCCCGUGCUCUCGCCUCAUCCAGCCUGAAAGCAGACGAAUGUGUCCCAGAUUGGUACGAUCUAGAAGAGGAGAAGAAGACGGUGCUGAACGACUGGUUCAAGUUUUUCAGCAAGCGAUAUGAUAUUGUUGGAAAGGUGGAUGGUGCAGACAACUUUGAUCCCUCGACGUGA